CAACUAUCCUCAAACAUUGUUAAGACCUUUGUCUGAUGUUGUCUUGUUUCCCCUCAUGCAAAUCAGCACAUGUAAAACCAUUGUACUUUCAUUAGUUUCGCUGCCAAGUACAACCUGCCGAACCGGUUUUACCCGCCAUCCAGUCACUAUAUACUAGCCACUCUGUUUGUAUCUACUCUGAAGCCGUGAGGAUCUGUGUCGACGCGAAGACAUCGCGUAGUAGUUUGGAGCAUCAGCGUAUCUCGCAUGCAUUCGGGUAAAACCCACCAAACCGGUUUUGCUCACCCAAUCAGCCACUAUAUAAACUCGUCCUGACCGCUCUGAUUCUCUCAGUACCGACUCUGAAGCCGCGAGGAUCUGUGUCACAUUGUAAAACAUACUGCAGUACUUUGAAGCAUUGAUCAGCGUAUCACGGUAUACCGUUCUUGCAGGAUCUGGAGUUGGACGAAUAUGGCGACUGCGAUUGAAUCUCAUCUGACACAAGUGGCGGUAGAGGAUGGACAGGAUUCUCCCCGUACCCACAAGUGCAGCCAUUGCGACAAGGAGUUUCGUUUCCAAAGUAAGCUCAACCUGCACCUGCGAACUCACACGGGUGAGAGACCAUACCAGUGUGGCGAAUGCGGGAAGCGGUUUACCCAACUGGCAAAUCUGAAGACACACAUGCGGACUCACACAGAGGAGAGGCCAUACUGUUGUGAGGAAUGCGGUCGACAGUUUGGUCACAUUGGCGCUUUAAGGACGCAUACUAGAACUCACACCGGUGAGAGGCUAUACUUAUGUGGUGAAUGUAACAGUCAUUUUAUUACGCUGUGCGAUCUAAAGGCACAUAUGCGGACUCACACUGGUGAAAAACCAUACAAGUGUAAACAUUGCAACAAAGGUUUCAGUCAGGCAAGUAGUCUGAAGAGACACGUGCGGACUCACACAGGGGAAAGGCCGUACAUGUGUGAGGAGUGCAGCAAGCAGUUUACUACGCUGUCAAGUUUACAGAGGCACAGGCGGACUCACACUGGAGAGAAACCAUACAUGUGUGAGGAGUGCGGCAAGCAGUUCAGGCAGCUGGGUACUCUAAAAGAUCACAAGAGGAUUCAUACAGGUGAGAAACCGUACAGGUGUGAGAAAUGCAACAAGGGUUUUCGUCAGUCAAGUAACUUGCGUGUCCACAUGCAAGCUCACACUGGUGAAUGUCUGUCAAUGCCUGUGUAAACAUGUGGCGCAAUAUGAGACAUAGGUGAUGAAAAGAAUAGGGUGCAAACUCUUUUUAACAGUGAUGUUACUGUGCAACUUUUUCUUACCUAUGUUACUGAACAUGAACAGAUUUUGAUUCAAUAAUAAAGUUAUUAAAGUGUGCACUUUAUGAGCCCCCACUGAAAGAGUAACGAUAGCUUUAUAGAGAAACUGUAAUUGGAUUUCGUCGUAGAAACCACCAUUGAAUCAUAUGAUCCGUACUUUAGUGAUUGUAAAUGUUCAUUAAACGUUAUGUAACAGUAGCAACAGUUACUGUGUUUAGUCCACUCAAGCUGCCAAAGGUCUAAUUUUCACUUUAUAUCUGACUGACUAAAUAUUAUACCUAAGCGCUUAGUAUCAGUUAUGGCAAAAAUUUUACUGUUUAUGCAUUAAUGUGUUGCUAAAUAUUAUUUGCCUAUACUAGUGUGCAGUAGGCUGCUAGAGGUUUUAAAAUUUCCGUCUCCCGGUUUCGUCAAUAAAUUAAAAAAAGACAUUGCCAACUCACACUGGUGAGAAACCGCAUAGGUGCGAGGAGUGUAGCAAGCAGUUCACCACGCUGUCAGAUCUAAAGAGGCACAUGCGGACCCACACUGGCGAGAAACCGUAUAAAUGCGAGGCAUGCAGCAAACAAUUCAGUGUUCUGGAUCAUCUGAAGAGACCGGACCCACAUCGGCGAAACACCCUGAUGUAUGUAAUCUGAAUACGCCGAACGGACUCACACCGGAGAGAAACCGUACAAGUGUGAGGAGUGCAGCAAGCAGUUUACACACUUGUUCACUUUGAAAAGACAUAUGCAGACUUAGCCUGGAAUCCAGCCGUAUUGUGCUUUGGUCGCUCCCCUGAGGUACGCUUCCUGCCAAUACGACUGGUGUUCGUUACCAUUCGAACGAUCGGCAUUUCAAUAUUCGCACACUUUAUGUGCGCGAUUUCUGAUUGGCUGUUAGCACCACCAAGAUGGAAAUCGAACACAAACAAUCAUGUUUACAGUUUGUAAUCGAACGGAACACUACUUCUAUCUUUCGACUCAUUAGUGACGUAAGGGCCGAUUGUUCCAAUCCUAACGAAGGCCAGACGUGUUCGCAAGGAAGCAGAGCGACCAAAGCACAACACGGCUGGAUUCCAGGCUAAUGCAGACUCACUCUGUUCAGAGAAAUGUGUAAAAUAUUUAGUUAACUGUGUCAUGAUCAUAUGACCCGUAGAGGAUUGGAAAUUACAAAACGACUGUAAACACUUGAUGCUGUAUAUAACUUUUUUUACCGUAUUGUACCAUAGUGGUCACUGUCGUCGCAUGCCUGUAGUAGGUUAGAACUAGAAUUGUUGCGUAAAAUAAACUGUGGGUUGCUUGAAGACAAAUAAUAGUUGGGUGGUAAGACAUCGUUCGCUUAAUGUAAAUGUGCCAUCGUGUAUAGAUUGUGAUAUGUCAUAGCACUUAGUUAAGUAUUUUUCUGUUUUAGUUACUGAAGCUUUUAUUGUCAUUUUAUAAUUCACUAGUCGAUGUUAAUACACCAGAUCCUUACCGUUUGGACUUAGCAAUAGAAACAUGUUAGUUAUGGAAGUUGCUAACUAUUCUUUUUGUUCAUAAUGUGCUGUAAGCUGUCAGAGUUUUCGUGCAUCUAAUUUUACUCAAUAAACUAAGACACGUAAUGUUUUGUUGUCUUUCUUGUUGAACAUUAUUUGUUGUUCUUGUUACUAGUAUCAUUAUUAGCUGUCUUUGUUUAGCUACACUCAAAAUGCAAACCAGCACCUGUAACAUUUGUUUCAUAAUGAAGUAAAACCUACCGAACCCGGGUUUUAUGCAGUCACUCCAGAUGAACGUUAUGCAUCGAUGAUCAUGACACCUGCUAUGGAGGCUAGUUUGUUUCACGUAAAGGCGUCUAGUCCGUCUUCUAUAGCAGUAGUCGAUUGGGCUCUAUCUGUAUGAGUUACUGGAGUUCUGAUUGUCACUUUAUAUACGUCGCUGUAGAUAUACAAGAAUCGGCAGCGUUUAUAAUCAGUUGAAGCUGCAUGAGGGCUGCUACUCGCUAUACGGCAUCAUUUGUUGUCAGUUGUAACAAAGAACACUAACAUUAUAGUGUUACUUUCUCUGU